GCUGUAUGAUAUUUACCUUUCAACAACUAAUCAAUUUUGAUAAAGAAAUUUAAAAAAUCGAAAAAUGGCCCUCAACGUGAAUCCUCUCUUCGAGCAACAAACUAGUACGAGAAAACAAAACGACGAAGCUAAAACAUCAUCCAACGACAAUCAUGCAGUGACUAAAAGAUUACACAAAGAGCUCAUGACUCUAAUGAUGAGCCAGGAGACGAACGUGUCUGCCUUUCCAGAAGGUGAGAACCUUUUCAAGUGGAUAGGCACCAUUUUGGGGCCCAAAGACUCUGCCUAUGAUUCUCUAAAAUUCAAGCUCAGCCUACAGUUCCCUAAUUCAUAUCCAUACACAGCACCUAUAGUGAAGUUUAUCACACCCUGUUUUCAUCCAAAUGUAGAUACCAGUGGCAACAUAUGCCUGGAUAUUCUCAAAGACAAAUGGUCUGCUCUAUAUGAUGUCAGAACCAUUUUACUGUCUGUACAGUCAUUGCUAAGUGAACCUAACAUUGAUAGUCCUUUGAAUGCCUUGGCAGCUGAAAAGUGGCAGAAGCCUGAUGAAUAUAAAAUACAUGUUAUUGAAACACAUAAAGAAGCCUGAAUUGAUUAGUUUGGAUUAAAUUAAUUUGUAAAUCUUUAGUCAUAGGAAGACAUUUUCAUAUAGACUGCCCACAUGCUACAUUCAACUACUGUGUUUUUCAUUUAUGUUGCUAGAAUUCAUUCCUAGUCAAUGUUUCUUUAAAUUCAGAGUGAUGUGAAUGAUUGAAUGUGGAAUAUAUAUUUAUUAUUUACAAUGAUUUAAUUUUGAGAGGAUUCUACAGAUAUAUAUGUCUUUGGUCUACCUCAUGAAAAAUGUGACUGUUAGGUAGUUUUUUAUUGAUUAUUAAAUUUUUUUAAACCACACCUCACUUGAUGAAUUGUAUGAUGGAUAAUGGAUACACAUCUUUUAUAAUGGAGUGUUGUGUUGAAAACACAAUGUAAUAUACUGACAUUGGUUGCCAAAUAAUUUGAAUCCAAGGAUGGACUAUUCUGAUAAUCAUAGGACUUCUGAUAUAUCCAGAUUAUUUUUCUAAUGAUCAAUUUGUCAAUCUAUUAGCAACAUGGAAUAUUUCCAUUUAAAUAUAUUCCUGAACAGACAAAUUUCUUAUUAAUGAAUAUUUCUAGUUGUCAGUAUCCUGCUUGUUUGCUAUUUUGGUUUGAUUUGUUUGUUAUUAUAUCCCAAUAAAAAAAUUUUAAAAGUA